GCGUCGAUGCACAUCGACAUCUUUCUCUGAGACUCUCAUAUGAGUCGUAUCCUACUAAAUGUCAUAUCAUAUCAAUUCAUAUGAAAUCAGAGCUUAUCACUAUGGAAUGGAGAUCGUCCAACACUAUUUGAUUAUAUAAUUCGAGUCGCUAUUAUCUUUUUUAUUGUUUUGAAUUUUCCGAUUAAUAUAUAGGUCUCAUAAUAGUUAUUAAUUACCAAUGAUGGAAUUCUCUGCACGGGGGUAGCAACUGAUCCAUAGGACCAUAGGUAUAAAAGGAAUGCUGUACGAUCGAACAGCUUUGUGUGAGUCGUAGUAGAGCUCCAUAGGUAUUAAAAUCAUUCUCUGGAUACACGAAAAAUUAUGCAAAAUGUGGAAUGGGCUCACUGGAGUCGAGCCUGGUCGGCCGUGUAACAAGCCGGGAAGUGAAGGAGGAGGGUUGGUCGACGUAACCGUCCCUUUUCUCCAAUCUCGUGGUUAUGCUGAAUCAGAUGAGGACGAGGACUGGGUGCUGCCGACCGGUCCUAGGCCAUCCCUUAGCGCUUACAAACACUGGCUUCUCGUAAGCGUCUGCUUUUGUCUGUCUUUGAUUGCCAGCUCUGUGUAUGUCGGGUGGAAGCUGUCGUUGUUCGUGCGGCUAUGGCGGUCAGCGAGCACUUUCUCCGUCUUCUUCUUCGUGAUCGAGCUGCUUCUGUAUCUCUGUCAGCUGACAUGGGCAGCGGAGUUCUCUCGUCCUCCGUCUUCCCGCAAACGACUGACUCUGGGAGCUGCAGGGCCUUUUCCACGUGCCGCGAUCCUGAUCACUUGCUGCAACGAGGAGUUCGACGUCGUACAGGACACCGUGCUAGCUGCGCUGCGCCAGGAUUACCCCCCGGAGGCGUACGGGGUGUGGGUGCUGGAUGACGGGACCGACGAUGAGCUCAAGGCGUGGAUCGAGACGCUGGCCAUCGAGUCGGCACGGGAGGUGGGUUACAUCCGCCGGCCCAAACAGAAAGGCGUACCCCAUCACUUCAAAGCCGGAAACCUGAACUACGCAGUGAGCAAGAUCCACGACGAGUUCGUGGCCGUCCUGGAUGCCGACAUGAUCGUGAGCUCGAACUUCCUCGCCGGCAUGCUGCCACACUUCUCCUCUCCCAAGAUCGCCUUCGUGCAGGCCCCGCAGGCCUAUUACAACAUAAGCGCAGGGGACCCACUGAACGGGAGCAACAUAUACUUCUACGACGUGUGUCUACCGCAGAGGGACGCCUUCCGCGUGGCGCAGUGCGUGGGCACGGGGGUAAUCUUCCGACGGAGCAGCCUGAGCGACGUCGGCUUGUUUGUGACAGGAGCAGUGACGGAGGACAUCGGCACGUCCUUGCAGCUGCACUCCCAGGGGUGGGAGUCUGUGUACGUGAAGGAGAGAUUCCAGAUGGGACUGACCCCCUGGACGCUGGAUAGGUACGUGAAACAGCAGUUCCGCUGGUGCAUGGGGGAGCUGCAGGUGAUCUGGCAACGUGGGCUAAUCUGGACCAGGGGGGAAGCAUUUCCAGUUUCGCGGAGGUUGAUCUACAUGCAGGCUGGUUUGCACUCCUUCUUGGCCUUCUCCACAAUGGGGCUCAUCAUGCUGGCCCAGGCGUUGUGCAUAUUCGAGCCCUGGCUGCUUCCUGCCGAGGCUAAGGAGGGGGAUUACAGAAUGCUUGUGGUGUUAAUUACCCCCCAUCUGCUCUUCGGGCGACUAGCUCCCCAUGCAAUUCAUCUCCGGAUUCCUGGUUUCAUGUCACGGCAGCAGGUUCGGAUACGAGGAGAGCAGGCCUGGUACUGGAUGGCACCCUACAAGUGCCUGUCCGUACUGCGAGCGUACAUCCCCUGGAUCUCGAAGACCUUUGAAGCCACCGGAAGCAGGACCACGGAUGACUUUAGUGGGCCGUUUGGCUUCUUGCUAGUCACAAUCAAGUGGGGGCAGUUGAUUGGCUUUCAUCUUCUGUACGUGAUCAUUGCGCUGGCCGCGAUUGCAUGGAGAAUCAGUGUGCUGAAUGUGGGGAGCUGCCACGAGUUGAUGUCGUCGGUGCUCGUCGUCUUAUGGCAGCUGUUUAACGUGCAGCAGAUGUGCCCUCCCAUCCUAUUUCAGCUUUUCCCGCCAUCGUAUCCGCUCGAGUCAGAUCGACGGUCGUUGCUCAAGUACGAUGACAACGGGGUGCCGGUGUUCGAUCACGCACUGGGCAUUCCUCCGACGGACUGGCGCGUACUCGCUCUAGAGAUCUUGCCAGUGACCCAAGCGGUCGUUUGGGUGUACCUUCUGUGGGUGGCUUUGCACCCCGAUUACGUUCCGGGAUAUUGCCAAGGGAAUUUCUUUCAACGCAAGCCUAUCUGAAUCAUCUGAUUGUGGAGCCUAAGCAGCAUGCAGCCAUGUCGACUCCUUCCUCUCUCUCUCUCUCUCUCUCUCUCUCUCUCUCUCUCUCUCUCUCUCUCUCUCUCUCUCUCGCAUCUUUUCUC